AUGGAGGACUCGACUUCCUGUACUCCGUCGUACGACUUCAUUGACAUCGGCGCCAACCUUGUUGACAAAAUGUACAAGGGAGUGUACAACGGCAAGCAGCGACACAUAGCAGACUUGUCAGGUGUCAUUGAUCGAGCAAAAAAGGUUGGUGUCACCAAGAUGCUGCUCACGGCCGGUACGCUGGGUGACAUAUACGACGCCUUAGACAUAUGUGAAGAGUUCGACAAGGAAGGCAUAUCGCUCUUCACAACGGCUGGGGUGCACCCGACCAUGUGCAACGAAUUCAUACGCAAUAAAUUCCGAAAGACGGCGGAGCAGUACAUGCAAGCGCUGGACGAAAUUAUUGAAAAGCACCGAAAUCGCAUAGUGGCAAUCGGAGAACUGGGACUAGAUUACGAUCGGCUAAACUGGUGCGAUAAGGACGUGCAGAAAAAAUAUUUUGAGAUACAACUGGACCUCGCGGCGAAGCACAAGUUACCACUAUUCUUGCACAUGAGGAACGCCACGGAAGAUACCAUGGAUAUACUUAUGAGGAACAAGGAAAAAUGGGUAGAGGCGGGUGGCGUUUGCCACAGCUUCACCAGCGAUGAGGCCUCCCUGCAGAGGCUCAUCGACGAAGGGUUCUACAUUGGGAUCAACGGAUGCUCCUUGAAAACGUCAGAUAACCUGGAAGUGCUAAAGAAAGUCCCUCUGGACAAGAUCAUGCUGGAGACGGACUGCCCCUGGUGUGGCAUUAAACCGACACACGCCAGCAGCCAGUAUGUCAAAACCGUCUUCCCGGUGGUCAAGAAAGCUGAGAAAAUGACAGGAGAGACCAUCUACAACCAACGGAACGAGCCAUGCCACAUAAUGUUAGUUCUGUCGCAAGGGUUUUCAUUCCAACGUAGACAAGUUGCCGAGGUUGUGCACCAAAUCGUCGCUCCGGAAAUGGAGUUCAAAGAGUUCUGCGAUAUGUAG